AUGCUGCUGCAAACCGAAUGCAGCUACACCGGCGCCCACCCAUACUGGGAUGAGCUUACUGAUCUGGAGACCGCCCCGCUCAACCAGUCGUCCAUCUUCGACCCUGUCUACGGAUUUGGAGGUGAUGGUCAAGGAGAUGACGGCUGCAUCGCCGACGGACCCUUUGCGAACCUCACUCUGCACAUGAAAACCGCCAGCAGCAACAACACCUACUGCCUCCAACGAAAGCUCAACCAAGACGACCUUGACACAGCAAACAGCGACAACCUUGUUGAAUGUUUCAACAAAACAUCGUACGACGAGGCAUGGCAAUGCUACAACGGCUCUCCUCAUGGCGCUGGACACGGCGCAGUCGGUGGCCUGAUGAGCGACCCUAUCGAGAGCAACGGAGACCCGCUCUUCUACCUCCACCACGCUUACUUGAACCGCGUGUGGUGGCAGUGGCAGGAGGCCAACUUGACCGCGCGUUUGACCGACAUCAGUGGUCAGAAUAUUCCCGACCAGUCGAUCCUUGACAUGGCUGGCCUUUCUGCCCCCGGUAGUGAGCUCACGGACUACAAUGGUGAUAAUGGCAAUGUCACAACGCUCAACCACGUCCUCUUCAUCCAGAACUUGGUUCCUGACGUCACCAUUGCUGAUAUCAUGGAAAUCAGGGGCGAUGUUGUUUGCGCUGAGUAUGUCAACUAG